AUCAGGGAAGCGCUGGCUGGAGCACUAUCUGGUUCUUUGCGGGUGACACCAACGGCAACGUUUAUAAAUCGUUUCUGAAGGAAUAUGACGCCCGACAGCGAGAAAUGCUUAAUACAUUUCCUUCCACAGCUGACGCGGAGGGAUCGCUUCCGAAGUUAGCGUGGUCAUCAUCGUCCUCUUUUGUCGCUCUCGUUUCGGACCAGCUGGCCGUUAAGAAUUCCCAUAAAAUUCCGGAAAAUCACUAUCAGCCAAGCAUUAUCACCGCUAAUCAGUGUUCCCAGCAGGGUAUCGUUAUCGUGGUACAGCAGUGCCAGGAAGUGACCGGAAAGCUGCAGGUGAUGGGAAGCACUUUCGUCAUCGAACGGCCGCAUAAGAUCCGCAAAGAUUCUGCGGAGGGGGAUGCUGUCGUCAUAGAGUUGACGGUGCAAGAAUGUGUUCGUGUCCGCUUUCCUGACGAAGCUACCUGCAAAGAUUUUCUUAAAAAGUUUGCGGACUCCUGGUCAUGGUGGCGUGCUGCGUAGGUUAUUCGAAACAGUGUCACACUUUACCCUAGCAAAUACUGUUAGCAUAAGCUUUUAAUU